UAUUUUUCAGACUUACAUUUCCUGUCAAAUUAAUUUUGUGUGAAAAUAAGGAAAGGAUUUGCAGCAGUAAUAAUCAACACAUCUCAUUGCGGCUAACUUUUGACAACAUUAAGUAGACGUCGCCGUAAGAAGUUUGAACAUGUAUUAAACUGAAUAGUUUUCCCUCGAAAUUCUUAAAAGAUGGAACGGCGUAAAGGUAUGAGAGAAGCAAACAAGGAUCUGCCUAUUUCUCAUGGAGAUUUCUGUGAUCAGAACAGUUUACCAAAUUCUGAAAUGCAUGAAAGAAACCGAAACGAUCUAAAACAUGAUAGAAUUAAUAUUAUUGUUUUGCUUUUACUAUAUGUUCUUCAAGGUAUACCAUUGGGUCUUGGUGGCAGUCUGCCAAUGAUACUACAGAAUAGAAAAGUUAGCUAUAAAGAUCAAGCUGUUUUCAGUCUUGUCAACUGGCCCUUUAGUCUGAAAUUAUUAUGGGCCCCUAUAGUUGAUUCUCUAUAUUGGAGGCGUUUGGGACGCCGGAAAACAUGGCUCAUACCUACUCAGUAUCUUAUUGGAUUUUUCAUGAUAAUUUUAUCAUCUUCUGCAUCAUCACUACUUGGAAGUGAAACAGAUCCUCCUAAUGUAAUGCUACUAACUGUAAUUUUUUUCUGCAUGAAUUUCCUUGCAGCAACUCAAGAUAUUGCUGUAGAUGGUUGGGCAUUGACAAUGCUAUCCAGGCAAAAUGUAGGUUAUGCAUCCACUUGUAAUUCUGUUGGUCAAACUGCAGGAUAUUUUUUAGGAAAUGUUGUAUUUUUAGCUUUGGAAUCUCCAGACUUUUGUAACAAAUAUUUGAGAUCUGUACCUCAACCAGAAGGCCUUGUUACGCUUUCUGGUUUUUUAAAGUUUUGGGGAUUUGUUUUCUUUAUUAUGACAUCCCUGGUUUUAAUUAUCAAGAAAGAGAAAGAAGAAAGAAUACCAGAAACAUUUGGAAUUAAAGGCACAUACAGCAUGCUGUAUCGGAUUCUGUGCCUUCGUAAUGUUUGGUUGGUAGUGUCAUUUCUUUUAACAUGUAAGGUUGCCUUUGCUGCAACAGAUUCAGUUACUGGACUGAAGCUUAUUGAAGCAGGUGUCCACAAAGAGCAUUUGGCACUAUUAGCUGUUCCAAUGGUUCCGCUUCAAAUAUUGCUUCCGCUUUUAAUUAGCCGAUAUACAGCGGGACCUAAACCACUUUCUGUCUUUUUGACUACUUAUCCAUUUAGGUUGAUGUUUGGUCUGUUGUUUGCCUUUUUGGUAUGGUGGACACAUCAAGUUAAACUUGAAACAGGAGAUUUUCCUGUGUACUAUUAUGCAGUUAUCAUUAUAAGUUAUGCCUUACAUCAGGUUACUGUAUAUAGUAUUUUUGUAGCACUGAUGGCUUUUUUUGCAAAAGUGAGUGAUCCAUCCAUUGGUGGAACUUAUAUGACAUUGUUGAAUACAAUCUGCAACCUUGGAGGAAAUUGGCCCAGUACAUUAGCCUUAUGGAUGGUUGAUCCUCUUAGUACAAAGAAAUGUGAAAACUCAUUAUACAGCUGUGAUACUAAAGAAUUAGCUUCAAAAUGUACUGAAGCUGGUCAUAAAUGUAUUACUGUGAUAGACGGCUAUUACAUAGAAACAGUUAUUUGUUUCAUAAUAGGACUUUUAUGGUUAAGGUGGGGUCGAAGCACCAUUCGUAGAUUACAACAUUUACCAUUAUCUGCAUGGAAAUGCCCUAGGUAGCAUUUUUGCAAAUGGACGAAGGCUGUCUGAGCCUGAAGAUUAAAUACUUACUUCACACCAUGUACGGACAAGUAGAAAAGUGCAAUGAUGCUUUUUAUAUUUUCUGUGUUAAAUUAUAAAACCAUUUUAUUAUACUGAAAAAAAGUUUUUUUUUCCCCUUUCUUUUAUUUAGCUUAUAUGGUGAUUCAGUGCAGAAAGUAUGAAUUACUAACAAUGUCCUCAGAGCACAUGUCAUGUUGUUUAGUGGCGCACUAUUUUUCUUGUGGAAAAUGGCAUUUAUCAUUCCUUUGAACUGUAUAUUUGAUGUUACUGAUCUUUCAGAGGAAUAGAAUAAAUAUAUUUUAUUUUUU